UUCAUUUUUUACCUAGACCUAUACCGCUACACAUUGUGACGCCCCCUAGCUGCACCCUGGAAAAAGGCAGUGAGGAAGAAGAGGAUCUGGCUCUUGAAGGCAGAGAGAGGCACAAAUGGCCGGGAAACUCCCUGAUGUCCUUCUCUGUCUCUGUGUCCCCAGGGUGUCUGAGAGGAGCAGGGCUCCAUGGAGCGCGGACCACCCAACAUGACGGUGUCCCCCACACCUGAACAUCGUGUACAUGAUUCUGAGAAUUCAACGAAGAGUUCAUCUGGGAGCCUUAACUUUGCUGCCUGGCUGAACAUCCUCUCUCUGCUCAUUGCCCUGCUUGGGCUGGUGGGAAACUGCGCCGUCCUGUGGCUCCUGGGCUUCCGCAUCCGGAGGACCCCCUUCACCGUCUACAUCCUCAACCUGGCGGCGGCCGACGCCCUCUUACUUUGUUUCUACUUUCUGAUCAGUAUAAAUAGCUAUUUUAGAUAUUUUUUUGAUCAUUUAACACGGGACAUACUGUCAUUCCUCACAUCCAUGUACUACACCGCGGGCCUGAGCCUCCUGGCCGCGAUCAGCACCGAGCGCUGUCUCUCCACACUCUUCCCCAUCUGGUACCGAUGUCACCGCCCCAAGCACACGUCGGCCGCGGUCUGCGCUGUCCUCUGGGCUCUGGCCGGGAUGUUCACAAUAACAUAUAUUUUCCUUUCUCAUGAGAUCCGCUUCAUCAUCUACGCAGGGUAUUUCCUCCUCCUCAUGUGUGUGAUGUGCGUGUCCAGCCUGACUCUGCUGCUGAGGGUCCAGUGCAGCUCCCGGCGCCGGCAGCCGCCCAGGCUCUACCUCCUGGUGCUGCUCACGGUCCUUGUGUUCCUGCUCUGCGGCCUGCCCUGGGGGAUCUGGUCUACCCUGAGUUCCCACUUCCACGUAGAUCUCAUGCAUUUUCAUCUCCUACAGCUCCUGGUCUGUGUGAACAGCAGUGUGAACCCCCUCAUUUACUUCUUUGUGGGCAGACUAGGGAAUAAGGGGAGGCAGCCUCUCAAGGUGGUGCUGCAGAGGGCCCUUGGGGAUGAGCAGGAGUUGGGAGAUGAGACAACAAACACCCCCCACAUCAGCAGCCAGGAGACUUCAUUCUGA